AUGGAUCAGUUGAUAAAAUUUAUUGUAUACAACAAAACACCAGAAAGUCGAAAUAAUUUAAACUACGAAGCGAUGAGAAUGCGAAAAAGAGAAAAGAUGUUAUCUCCUGAUGGGGAAUUCGAUAAGAGGCUUUUACUUUUAUCACCGGAUUUGGAGAGAAUGUAUGAAGAGCGGGUACUCUACGCCAGAAAUAAAUUUCUCACCACUUCUAAGCCGGCUGUGACAGGCGGAAAGCCCAUAACAGAGGAACUUGCUAUCGAACUACGGGUUACAACAUUCGGAACUUCUACCUGUCCACCUCGUGGUGAAUGGAUAAAGUCACCGCUAAUUAUGAGACCCCCAGACCAGCCUCUGUCUUAUGGCCUGACCGCACCUCGUAAUGGCGCUAGAUCCUUACUGUCUGGACUACAGGCCCACAUUAUUAAAUGGCUUCUUUUCGACUCGCGGCCUUUGACAAAGGAUAAUAAGUCAAAGGAACCUCCUGAAAGUUAUCUCCGUCCCUCUGAAGAGCGACAGGAAGAAGCACUUUGGCGAGCUUGUAGUGAAGUGAUUUGGCGUUGCGGUGGAGGAUUCAACACUCAAAAUACAUCGGACACCAAGGUUGUAGUAGCUCUACCCACUGAUAUCACAUACGUCCAGCAUAGCGCCCAAUAUUAUCAGGAUGGCAUAACGGAGAAGCUGCAUUUAUUUGAAUUCAACAGUCUAGAAGAUUUGCAGAUUUUUAUUAAGCGUUAUAUGUACGUGUUCCAAUCAGAAGAAGGAGCUGGCGCCUUAUUGCUGUUGUAUGCUGCCGUGUUGUCAAGGGGCUGCGAUAAUAUCCUGAAGGAUCUUGACGGUAAGCUGAAUUACUUGGUUUCAACGCAAGUGGAGGGAUCGAUUAAUGUUACCAUGCUUUUACUGACGGGAAGGGCUACACCGUACCUUCACAAUGGCGUAAUGUACGUUGGCGAUGAGGAUCAUUAUGCUAUGCCCCAGUACGGCGUGCUAUCCCGCAGUUCAGUGGGCCUUCUGGUGUGGUAUGGAGGAGACGACAAUAGUUCAAACAUUGUCAUCAAACAACAUCCAGGGUCCAGACUAAAAACUCCAGCGUUACCAAUUUGGGUGACUUGUUGUUCUGGACAUUAUGGAGUGUUCGACAUCCACUAUUAUACUUGCGGUGGGUGCCACGUGCUUCUCAACGUCGAUACCAGGACACAUGAAGAUGAAGCCUGCGGUAUUAGAAACGAUGACAUCAGUGCUACUCCACUGGAAAAACUAAUACACACAAAGUGGCAAGAUGCGAAGAUUACUUGGACGGGUGUUGUACCACAUUUCGGGGAAUCUCCAAAGUAG